AUGCCUUAUAAGCCGAACAACCAGCAUUGCAAGCCUGAAGAGGCAGCAGAUACAGAAGAUGGACAGGUCCCAAGGGCUGAGCAGGAGGAGGAAGCCACUGCCACCACCUCUUCUUCUGCCUCCUCUACUGCUCUAAUCCAGGGGACCUCAAGGAAGGUACCUGUUGCAGUGGAGGAAAAUGUUCCUCUUGAUCCUCAGGGAGCACCUACUCCUCCUGUGGGCUUGGCUCUCAAUUCUCAGAGUCAAUUAAAUCAGGGCUCUGGCCAACAGGAGCAAAAUCAGCGCUCCCGCCAAGUGGAGCAAAAUCAGAGUUCCCCUCAAAGGGAACAAAAUCAGGGAUCCCGCCAUAGGGAGGUAGAACCCCUUCUCAAUCCAAGAGCACAUGUGUCCAUGUUGCGGCGUGCACAGUCCUUGGUGCCCUUCUUGAUCCUUAAGUAUAGAAUGAGAGAAUCAACAACCAAGGCUGAAAUGUUAAAUACGGUUGUAAUUCACCACGACCACUUUUUUGAGGUCUUUUCUAGGGCUAGUGAGUAUAUGCAGUUGGUCUUUGGCAUUGAGGUGAUUGAAGUUGACCCCUCUGACCACUGCUAUUUCCUUAUUCCUGCAGCAGGGUUAACAUAUGAUGGGAUGUUGGAUGAUGUUGUAGGCAUGCCCAAGACAGGCCUCCUGAUAAUCAUCCUGGGUAUCAUUUUCAUGGAAAACGACUGUGCCUCUGAACAGUCAGUCUGGGAUACCUUGAGUGUGAUGGGAGUGUAUCCUCAAGUAGAGCAUUAUAUCUAUGGAGAUCCUCAGAAGCUGAUCACUGAAAAUUUUGUGCAGGAGCAAUACCUGGAGUACCGGAUGGUACCCAACAGUGAUCCUGCUCGCUAUCAGUUUCUGUGGGGCCCAAGAGCCCAUGCUGAAACCACUAAGAUGAGAAUCCUAAAACAUUGGGUGAAGUUCAGUGGGAGUGAUAUCAGUUCCUAUCCAAACCUUCGUGAACAGGCUAUGAGACAGGAACGGAAUGCCCAAGCUUGA